AUGGCGACGAUGACUGAGGGCGACAGACGUGGCCCCCGAAAAUCCGCCUGGCGACAAAGGUUCCGGUUCUUGCGCGCGCUCGUGUACGUGGGCCUGUUGCUGGGCUUCUUGUAUCAAGCUUCGGACGUGGUCGUCAACUACCUGACCUUCCCCACUGCCAACGACGUGCGGGUCGAAGGUCCAGAGCAGCUUCUCAUGCCGGCCGCCUCUGCAUGCAUCAGCAACUGGAUCAGUCAAGAGAAGCUGUGUGCCCGACAAGCAGAGUUCUGCAACUACAGUGACACCGAAGAAUACAAACAGCGCUUACUGCGCUUCCUGGACACGGCCGGUAACUUGGGAGAGCUAGCCAUGGACAGUGAAGUCAUUCUGCAAGUGGUCAUGGAGAACCCCGGAAUGUCCAUCUUCCCCAGCGGGUUUGCCAAGCAGCACCUGGUGCAGUCGUUCUCAAGGCUUCCAUACUACAUGUGCUUCACCUUCGACUGGAGGGGCAGCAACAGUCUGGUCAACUUUAAAGAGGACCCGCUCACGUACGAGAUGAGCAUGAUCGUGCUCUGGUAUCCCGACCGAUCUCCACGGCUCUCCCAAUACGAGAUGGACAUGACCUUCCACCACGUCGACAGCAUCAGCGCUGCCACCAAGCACACACUGCUGCUCAGGCCGUCGGGCAGCUACGAGUACAGCCUGCAACAGGUGAUGCCCCCUGGCGGCGCUUGCAACAAGCGCUGUCAGAGGAUGCUCAAGAGGCUGGAGUUCCCGUACGACACCAACUGCGUGGAUUAUGGAAAAUUGGAAAAGCUGGCUCACUAUCCAGCCUAUCACACUCAGGAAACGUGCUUCGCCGACUGCGUUCGUAACGAGACGAGGCGCCACUGCGGCUGCACGCUGACCGACUAUCCCUUCCGGGCCUUCCUCAACGAGACGUUCUGCGCGGGACGCCGGUCUCAUGGUGGGUGA